AAAAUGAGUAUGUUCGGCCAGCAAGGAAUGAUCGGGGGACAAGAUCCUCAAGCUAUGAUUAAUAACAUGCGGCAGUUUGGUGCGAUGUUCAACAUGGUGACGGAAGAAUGUUUUUCACGCUGUGUGUACAGUCUAGGAGACGGUGCUCUUAAUGCUGACGAGGGUAAAUGCGCAGAUGACUGCAUCUCAAAGAACUUCAACGCCUCCAAUCGGACAAUGAUUAAUUUCAUGAAGGAGAAGCUGGGACAAGAUCCUCCAAAGCCGGAAGGAUGAUCCACAUCCGACUCAGAAUCACUUCAUCUCAAUGCUGAGUUCAAAGAAUACUGCUAGAUGAAUAGUAACUAUGACAUGACUGGAUACAUCUAGUCGUUGCUCGCCACGCGCCAUUUUACCAAGUUUUUGUACAUCUUUAAGUUUAAAGCCUCCCUUUUAACGGUUAUUCACCCUGGCUUUUUAACUUGUAAUAUAUUAGUUUACAUCUGCGAUUAAAUUCAUGAUCAGACUUCAGUUUGCAUCAUAUGUAAAUUUAGGAUCACUCGUUAGCAACAAAAUAAUACACUCUAUAACUAGGCACUAGUGCUCGAGAUUUUUUACUAUUUGCUAAAUUAUUGAUACUUUAAAUUGUUAGUCCUUUUGAUAUAAUCGAUUCGUCUGCAGUUAUAUCAAUAAUAUACAAUCUAAUGAUCUAGCUACUGCGUAGUGCGUAUGACUAUGGGUGCAUUUUAAGUGGAGUAUUUGUAUCGUAUGUGACA